AAAUAGUUCUCCCUCUCAAGCUUCUCCGUUUCCGAAACCAUUUCCCUGAAACCACCCAAGCUGAGAGCCUCCACACCUCUCAGAAAACCCCCAACAAUGGCUACCCCAGCAGCCCCAGUUGAGUCGGUCCAGUGCUUCGGCCGCAAGAAAACCGCAGUCGCCGUGACCUACUGCAAGCGCGGCCGCGGUCUCAUCAAGAUCAACGGCUGUCCCAUUGAGCUCGUCGAGCCUGAGAUCCUCCGCUACAAGGCCUACGAGCCCAUCCUCCUCCUCGGCCGCCAACGCUUCGCCGGUGUCGACAUGCGCAUCCGCGUCAAAGGCGGUGGCCACACCUCUCAGAUCUACGCCAUCCGCCAGAGCAUCGCCAAAGCUCUCGUCGCUUUCUACCAGAAGUACGUCGACGAACAGUCCAAAAAGGAGAUCAAGGAUAUUCUUGUUAGGUACGAUCGGACUCUUCUUGUCGCCGAUCCUAGGCGUUGCGAGCCUAAGAAGUUCGGUGGUCGCGGUGCUCGUGCUAGGUUCCAGAAAUCCUACCGUUAAGAGACAUUUCAUCAUUAGUAUUCUUCUAUGAAUUAAUCUGUUUUGGUUUAUGUUUAGAAUUGUGUUUUUGAAAUUUUUUUGAUGAGUAAGUUGUUUUUGGAUAAUAGUUAUGGAUUAUUUUGGGUGAAACUUUGAUGUUAGGAGUUGUGAAUAUCAAAUGCUUCGGUUAUUUACCUAUAAGUGUGGCUGAUUGUAGAACUGCAUUUUUAGAGCGAAAUCGUUAUUGUGCUUCUAUUAA